GUCAGGGUUACCGGCAAGCACUGGAGCUGGUAGCGCAAAUGCGCUUGAAGAUGUGCUGCCCGAUCUCAGCACAGUGCAGUGGCUACAAUUCUUGCCGAAGCCAACGAAGAUCUUUGGAAAAUCAGUCAUUGAUGGCUGCAAGAAGUUUGGCGCCGGUGGCGAUCCAGUGAAAGCAGAGACGGCUGCAGGUUCAGCUGGCGGAUCCGGGGCCGGAAGCAACUUGGCACGUGACGGGGAUGCAGAUGCAGAGACAGGUCGUCAGGGUGAUGGUGAUGGCAACACCACCGUGCCAACUGGCCUGGAGACCUCCUGUCCUACUUUGGAAGAUCUGUGCAACAUGCACGACGUCCCAAAGGCGAAGGCUCUGAACAGCUUGGAUGUCAUCGCAGUGCAACAAGCGAUUGAGACACAUUUGAUGAGACAUGCUGUGUCAAAGUCCCACAAGGGAUUGUUGAAGCUGCUGCAGGUUGACUUGAAGUCACAACUCUUGCUUGAUGUGGCUGCUGCUUGCAAUUUUGUGGAAGAUCACCCUGGAGAUGACCUGCGAAUCUACUUGUUUGGCCAAGUGACGACGGAGUAUGGAGCCAAAUGCUUGAAGGUAGCCGAUGCUAUUUUCGAUGAUGUCCCGAUCUCAUUCUUCAUCAACGGUGAAGGCUACAACAAGUUUUCCAGCCCAGCGCCCAACGCUAUCUGGAUGAUGAAGACAGGAUAUGCUGUUGGGAAAGCUCUCUUCAAAGCUGAGACAUCAGAUGAAGUUCUUCAUAUGACGGAUGCGCGUGACGAGAAGCGGACAGUGAAUCUGACGAGACAUUACGUGGAUCUUCGCGCAGAGGCGAUCAAGACGCUUGUGAGGAAGAUGUCCAACAAGGGCGCAGUGGGUGAAUGCCUUUGCUCACGAUCCAAUUUUCCUGAAGAGGUUGAGUCAUCAAGUGGCAAAGGCGGAAGGAAGGGGGCGGCUGUGCCGAAGGAGACUCUUGCGGUGGGUGGCCUGGCUUUUGCAAAGCGAGCCAAUGAGACGUCGCAAGCAGAUACAGCUGUGGACACAAAGAAGGAGGAUGACGACAACAUUUUGGUUGUUCAGUGCCCCGCCGGCCAAGAAUUGCGUGCAUUUGUUGCGCUAGUGGAGGGCCACGGCGGCAGAGGUGAAUGA